GAGGAGUUGCUGCCUCCAAUUGCUGUGUUUAUUGGGCCACCAGUGAAGCAAGAAAUAUCAUGUACUCGCGAAGAUAAGUUCCAAAGAGCAGUAUCUUCAGCUGGACCCAGCAAUGAAGGUGCAGCAGGAUGUGUUUCAGAUGAAGAAAUAUGGGCAGAGAGCAGCAGCGGGACUACUGCAAGGGUGCUACCUCGCCCUGUAAAAAAAAGAUUAGUGGGUUUAGAAACGGAAGAAACUAAACGUAUGUUAAACCUUGAACUGACAAGACUGGUUUUAUUGGAGGAAUUGCAAGUGCUACGAUUAAAAAAGGAAAAGUAUCUGUGGGAAAAAAGGAUGAGGGAAAGUAAAUGUGUUGGUUUUCAAAAAUGAAUAAAGAAAAUUAUACUGACAAAUUAAAA